AGGAACAUACCUCCUCAGCGCGUGGCAGCUGCGGUCACUGUUUUGUGAUACCCUUCGCUGUGAUACCUUCUCUCUAACACGCUCGGCUGCACCUUGCGGUCGUAUUUACAUGGCGGAGGCAGGUCCCUCAUCUUCAGCUGGUCAAUCAUACAACAAUUCCGUCACCCCGCCAGCAGCAAGCACUGUUCCCAAGAGCUCUCGUAUUCACUUUCCUCAGGACCGUGAUUAUGGCAAAUUUGGUUCUGUGCGUUCAGACAGUGCAGCCGGGAUGUCUGCUUUGGGUCUUGGACAUCCUCCCUUGCCGAGAAGAACCACUCACAAUGAUGGCAAUAGCUCACAGGGUCGCUCUUUGGACAUUCGCCCACGGGUGAAAUCCGUCGAUGCUGGUCUGCCAGCGCCUGGUCCCUCUCGCGCGAGAAGGAUUUCAGAGCAAGUAGGUGAUACAUCUCGCAAGGUUACAACUACUACUAGGAAGCCGUCGAGGAAGGAUAGGAUGCGGACGGACUUCUCUGACAAGAGCAGCCAUGUCACAUCUGCGACGUCAUUUUCGGACGAGUAUGAUCUAGCUCAUGAAGAUCCUAGAAUUGUAGAAGACGUACAGCGUGCUCUGAGACUGAAAGCACGGCGGGAGGCCCGCGUUCGAGCAAUGCAAAACAACACAUCUCUGAGGGAUGGGUCUUCUAUUUCCGACGGCCUAACUGGUUCCUCCAUCUCCCCUCAUUCAUCACCAUUACGUUCCAUAUAUCCCAUUCCACCUCCCAUUGUGCCUCCCCCGGUGGGCCUCACCAUUGAGUCAGAGGUGGAUUUCAGUCCAUCCGUAGGUACCGUGCCGUUACAUCCUGUUCCUGCCUCAUCCAAUGGUGGCGCUACAUUGGAUUGGGCAGGAUUCAGUUCAGAAGAGGAGAAGUUAGAUAAACGGUGGAGUAUAUCUAUUAAGCGCAAGCCUAAAGAUAGAACUCCUUUACCGAAUCGAACGAUUAUAGAAAAGCAGGAUACGUUAUAUGCGGACAAACUCGCUCGUAUACGGGCGAAAGCUAAACAACAUACACUACGCAAAGCUGAGAUUACUCGUGAUCAACUCCAGAGACGAUAUGCUGCACUAUUACCCUCUACACGCUCCGCGACACCUCCCGAUCUGCUUUCCGUAGCCCGUUGGUAUAGUAAACAAGAUGCAGUAGUGCAAGCCGCAUUGGACAAGUCUGAACCUUUGACGUGGCUGAAGCACCUACUAGAGAAACACGGUCGUGAAACCACCUCACGCUUUCCUUGGCAUCUUACAGCUCUUAUCAUCGAAGAAUAUGUGCGAUCCAAAACCCGCCCAGACACGAUGGAAACAAUACCCGAAGAUAGUAUAGUUGAGAACCUUGCAUCACCCACAUCCAACUCAGUCGGCCAUUCAGAGAACAAAUCGCCUUCCAGCGGAUCAUGGUCAUAUACUCCUCCACGUCGUUCGCUUGAACCUUCGUUGUCUAGACGAAAAACACCACCUGAUGGUGGUCAGAUUUCCUUUGAACCUCAGGUUGAUUCCGGUCGCGAGUCCAUUGGGGAGGAACACAGGGUCAGCGUCGACCGUGCCAAACGUCGGAUGGAUUCCACAAGUUCUCCUCGGGGUUCGAUCAACAGUAGUAUCUUCUACGGUCACUGGACUCAAAACCGCUCGCCCAACAACAGUCGCUUGCAUUUUCGUGAACUGGCGCACCGUAUUAGACGAAAACCUUACCCAGGUAGCGAUGAUGGCUUGUCCUCAGCGCGGAAUUCCAUGUCUGAACAGAGCCAAGAGGAAGAGGGUUAUAGAUCACAUAGUCCUCGGAAGACCCCUCGUAGGAGGAUUAUUCAGUUGCAUAGUGACCCUGGUACAGACGAAGAUAGGAGGGCUCUGUCUGCGGAGCUGUCCGAGGCUGGAGACGUUGGCGUGUCCAGUGCUGGGGAGGGUCCAUUGACAGCUAAGCAGCAGAUAUAUUCUGUUCACUCGUCUCCUCAGCAGGGAGACUCCGCUGGUACGACGUCUGAACCUACGCGCCCAACGCUCCACCGUAAUCGGAAGCGAGUUUCGUUGCCAUCUCCCCAUCAAGUUUUCGAACGUGAGAAAGAGAAACAGCAACAGCAAGCUAACGAGGAGCAAGAGCGCAAAGAGUAUGAACGCAAGAGCCAGUUGCUCGAAGACACUGUGCUUCAGAACUACCGUACUCGUCAAAUUUUGCAGCGUGUCGGUGCCAACGUUAGGGAGUACGAGAACGUUCAGAAGUCGCUUGCUACCUUACUUGGUGUUCCAUACGUUCAGAUACCUCAGGACGUGUUGGAUGCAUUUAGCCAUGAUCCUUCUUCUGUGGUCAGCAGUACCAAGCGCUUCAAGAGCUGGAGAGCCGUUGAAGACAUACAUGGUCGUAUACUUCGACAACGGGAAAUUCUCCGAGAUUUCGUAACGCGCACCUCGGAGCAGGGCAUCCAGAACCCAUCCAAGAGCUUCUUCGAGGAUACAAUCGCUUCUCUGACACAGUCCCUUGACCAGCUCGAAUUGCAGCGGCAACGGAUUGUUCGCGAGGCAGAAACCGUUGCUGAAGCACUGACACGGGUGAAGGUUGUCCAUGGAACCGUCAAACGGGAGUAUAACGAGACACUUGGUCAUACGUCUCUUGUCUAUCCCGAGAUGUCUCAACUUGUCGCGCUCGAGGAGAGUUACCGGAACCACUACCAACAAUUGUGGAAUAUUGGACUCGAUGCGAUGACACUCCUUUUGGAUACCGUCACUCCCUUCUGGCGGAAUUAUGGGAAGGUGAUUGGAGACGACGUCCAGGAUUUCUUGAUCAUUCCAUGGUAUCGCAACGAAUUCACUGGCGAGGCGAAGCGAUACCCUAUCAAGUCAUUUCCCAGGCGUUCCUUUCGGCAUUGCAUCGGGCUCCUCCUCUUUUCUGCUGCUGCGGUACUGGUGACCCUGCUUCAAAUACGUGCAGCUUGGUCAUCCACCCUGAAUUACAACCUACCUUGGAUCGCCCACACCGGGUUUCGAUGGAUGUUCAUCCCUCUGUUCGGCAUUGGGCUCAUCAUACAAUGGAUGGCGGUGCUCGUUGAAAUCUGCAUUGUCGUUGCUCUCUUUUGUGUUGUCGUUUGGUGGCUUGGAUGGACUGUCAAACUUUUCUCUUAGGGACGUUCUUCUCUUAUUUUUCCCCCUUGCGUCGAUUACAUCGCUCUCCACUCGCUGUCACCCGGAAACCCUGCAAUGUAUCAUUAUAACAUCAUUGUCAUAUCUUUAUAACACUUCUAUUCCAUAUAUUAGCUCUCAAUAUGAUAGGUACUAUGUAUUCUUUGGCUUUUGCUCUUCUCCUAUAUUCUGUGGUGUCUGGACUGGGGCAAAUACAACGGGUUGAUUGGUAGCCAAUGGAGAAUGCGCGACCAGGGUGGGCGCGGACAUCGUUGACGGUCGUCGACUCACUGCCUUGAUGGGCGGCGGUCGCUCUACAGCCCGCGCCGGAGUCGCGGAUGGUAUAUCGGCGACCGCCUUACCAGCAACUAUACAUGGACGACAAUAACCUAAAGUCAAAACUAUGAGACUUGGAAUAUACUGUAGCCCAUAUGCACU